UGAAGGUGUCAAAACACCGGGGAGAUAAACAAAGACCUCAGGCCCUCAGAGCAGCGAGCUACAAUGCUAGUCAUGAGGACACAGUUAAGAGUCCUCUAUCUUGUUCCACUUCUUCUAGCCAGCUAUGUGCAGACAAUCACCAAGCCGGAGAAGAUGAAGAUGAAUUGCUACAAGGAUGUGAAAGGCACUAUCUAUGACUACGAGGCUUUCUCUCUUGGGAAGGAACGCAUUCAGUUCAAGCAGUAUGCAGGCAAGCAUGUCCUCUUUGUCAACGUGGCCACCUACUGCGGGCUGACAAUUCAGUAUCCUGAACUGAAUGCUCUCCAGGAGGACUUGAAGCCAUUAGGCUUUGUUGUGCUGGGCUUUCCCUGCAACCAGUUUGGAAAGCAAGAGCCAGGAGAAAAUGCAGAGAUUCUGUCUGGGCUCAAGUAUGUUCGUCCAGGAAAAGGAUUUGUACCCAAUUUCCAGCUCUUUACAAAAGGGGAUGUAAAUGGUGAAAAAGAACAGAGAAUCUUCACCUUUUUGAAGCACUCCUGUCCUCACCCCUCAGAGACCGUGGCCAUAAGCAAGCAUGUCUACUGGGAGCCAAUAAAAGUCCACGACAUCCGCUGGAACUUUGAGAAGUUCCUGGUCGGACCCAACGGAGUCCCUAUCAUGCGCUGGCACCACCAGGCUCCUGUGAGCACUGUCAAGGCAGACAUCGUGGCGUACCUGAAUCAACUCAAGGUGAUAUAGGAAGGCUAAGCUUCAGAGUUCUUCCUCCUUCUCUCUUAAAGACCAUUCUGGGGAAAACUCCAUCUUCUCAACAUACUCUUCACUUAAAUGGACUCUACCUGCCCAAGUCACCCCUAAGUUGCCUAAGAUCCUUCCUGCAUGAAGUAGAUUUUUGUCAGGUAAGCUGCAUACAUUUUUCCUUGUAAGAUGUAUGAGUUGGGGGGAAAAAAAGGAAAAGAAAGGAAAAAUCUAAAUCCAGAGGCCCCAGUUACAGAUUUGCCUGGGUAUAUUAGUACUCACGUAUAAUGCCAGCACUCAGCAGACAUACAGACAGGCAGAAAUGGAAGGAACAUGAAUUCCAGGCCAUCCUGAGCUACAAGAGAUCUUGUGUCAAAAAACAAAAACAAACAAACAAAAACAAAAAUUCAUCAACACGACCAUAUGGAACCACUCAACCGCAUCAAGGGAUCGGAGAAUAGCUUGGUUGGACAUUGUAUCUGGAGGAAGAAGAAUACCCUUGGCCAUUCUCGCCCCUUCUCUUUCGAGCCUGCGGGUGUAGAGAUAGCCAUGGAGGAUGGUGAGACAAUCUAGGUUCCUCCUCCUAAGCUCUGCGUCUCCUGAGACAAAUGUGUUGUAAGCUCCUGAGUCCUUCUGAUCCAGUCUUCCCUGACACCAUCUCAUCCGCCCUUCUGCCUUGGCUCAUCUGGGGGAAUCUGGGGGCGGACUGACUCACGCAGGAGGCAGCUCCCUGCUGCCAGGGUCCAGGAUUCGUCUCUGAUUCUACAAAAUUGCUCCCUCCUGUGUGAUCUUUACUGGUUCAUCUAGCGCUUCUGAACGGUGAUGCCUUUCAUCAUCUGAAAGACAGGAUCUCCCGCUCUGACCUGGGAACCUGGGGAUCCUCAACUUCAGAACUAGACAUACUGUUUCCAAUAAAAUGUUAUCUGAAGCAUCAA